UGGCGUCCUAUUCUGUGCUUCUGUUCUAGUGUGACGCUAUCAUUUUAUUUGAGAAUAUUUGAGUUUUUAAAGAUAUUGUACUGAGUACAACAGUAAUAUCAUUUCCACUAGUGUGUAAUGUGUUAUGGCAACACCCAGCAGUUAUAAACAAAACGCAUCAAUGUCGAUGCCAAGUCCACAAAACAACCCGCACUACAUGAUUGCGGGGGCCCCAAUGAGUUUCGGUAUGAUGAAAGGCGGUAUGAAUGCACCGCCGCACCAUAAUUACCAGUACCACCCACAAUACCAGGGUGGGCCGAUGGGCCACCCGGGGUAUGGGUGGCAACAACAGCGUUUUGGUGCAGAGAGCGCGAGGCGGUCCACCUCGGGCUCGGGGGGGGCCGCGCAGGCCGGCAAGGAUGAUAAGACUAGCCCCUUUGUGUCCACUGUGCAUUCGCAUCCCGGCUUCCAACCGCAGAAGAUCGGCAAGGGAUCAGGCGGAAUUGCCGGACUCCCAAAGCCACCGAAGCCACCAGAAAAGCCGUUGAUGCCAUACAUGAGAUAUUCUCGCCGAGUGUGGGACAGUGUAAAGGCGGCAAACCCAGAUCUAAAGCUAUGGGAGAUUGGCAGGAUUAUAGGAGGCAUGUGGAGGGACCUGCCGCAGUCGGAGAAGUAUGCGUUUGUCGAUGAAUAUGAAGCUGAGAAGUCGGAGUACGAGAAAAGCCUGAAGGCGUAUCAUAACUCGCCGGCGUACUUGGCGUAUGUGGCUGCUAAGAAUAAGGCUGUUGUUGGUAAUUUAGAAGAGGAGAGUUCGAGCAAGAAAGGCAGUUCGCAAAAGGAGCAGCAACAACAAGACAGACGAAUUGACAUACAACCAGCUGAAGAUGAAGAAGAUCAAGACGAAGGUCUCUCAGUGAAGCACGUUGCGUACGCACGUUAUCUACGUAACCAUAGACUCAUAAACGAAAUAUUUUCUGACACUGUGGUGCCUGACGUGCGAUCUGUGGUUACUACCGCUCGUAUGCAGAUCCUAAAGAAACAAGUGCAAUCACUAACAAUGCAUCAGAAGAAACUGGAAGAUGAAUUACAGCAAAUAGAAGAGAAGUUUGAGGCGAAGAAACGUAAGUUCAUUGAGAGCAGCGAGACAUUCCAGGAGGAGUUGAAGAAGCACUGCAAGCCAGCAGUAGACGAAGAGACAUUCGGUCGUAUGGUCGAAAGGGCGGUGGAACAAUUGCGCAGAGGUGUGAACCCCGCACACCCCUCCGCUGUGAGGGAGAGGAAGGAUGAGCCGGGCAACAUAGAACAAUCUCAGCAGCCGAUCAAACAAGAGACGAACGGGCCAAACGCGCCCACUCAAGUGGACAAAGUAUCGACCACGGAGGUGAACAAAAUGGACGAUAACAUGACCACUGAGUUGAAGGAGCCGAAAAAGGAAGUGCCUGAUGGUACACCGGUGCAGGAGAAUGAUGGGGAUCGCAAAAAGGAAGAACCGCCAGUAGAAGUGAAAAUGGAGAACAAAGAGCCGAGCGGUCCGCCCGCCGCGCCGCCGCAAGCGCAUAUGACGUCACCGCCACAUCCCGCAAUGAUGAUGCCGCCAAACCCAAAUGCGCCUGCGCAUCAACCACCCCCACACGGUGGACCACCUCCCCCACCAGCCAUUAACCCGGCGGGCGCGGUGGCGGGCGGCGCGGGCGGCUACGGCGGCGGCUACGCGGGCCGCUACUACGCGGGCUACGCGGGCGGCUACCCGGCCGGCUACGCGCCGCACUACUUCCCGCCCGCGCCGGAGCACUACGCGCCGCACCACCACGCGCCGCCGCACCACCACCACGACGUGAAGCCGGCUGAGGAGCCGCCAGUCAAGAAGGAGAACGAAUGAUUGUCACCAAAACGCGUCGUCAAACGACGGCGCAAGUCCUCCGCCAAGGAGGAGUCAUAGACAAUAGAGUUCGGUGGAAUUGUGUGUGAAAAAAAAUGUAAUAAAAUCUGACAUUGACAGAUGUGACAGUGUUAGUGUUUUUUUUUUAAUUAGAUUUUCUAUGGCUAUGGUUGUAGUGUUAUGAAGUUCUGACAUACAAAAUUACCUACAAAGUUCAUGUCUAUGCUAAAGUUUAUCAUAAUCCUUUGGUAUGAAAACGGAAAACGCCCGUAUUAAUUUUGCAGAGAUAUUUGGGAACAAGGUCACUUCUAAUUAUUAUAUUUAAAUUGCAAUAGUAUUUUCAUCAACAGUAAAUAUUUAUCUAAAUUGCAUAACUGUCGGAGAAUGAAAUUUUCAGUUUAUUUUACAUUAGUGACUAUCAAAUCUUUCAAUUUAGCUAUAUUAUAAGAAUGUAAAUUAAAUUCAUAUUACAUUAUGAUAUUAAGAAGUAUUAGGGAUUUUCUAUUUGGAAUAGUUUCUCUCUUAGUUUAGGAGGUUUUUACAUGAAUUAUGCGAAGAUUUUCAUAUUUUUGUAUAUCAAAAAGGUAAUUAGUUUUCUAGAUAUAUUCUUUGUAAUAAAUAUGGUAAGAGUUAAGCAUACAUUUUAAUAAGUAAUUCUGAUAAAAAUAUUAUAGUUUUAGUAAAGUAGUUUUUAAUACAUCUUUAAAUAGUGUGGUUGAAUGGACUAAUCAAUUAAUUAUUAAUGGAAUGUAGUGAGGUUGAUUAUGUAUAUUAAGAAGUAUGUUUAUAUUCAAUAGAUAGUUACAGAAACAAAUUAACAGAAUUAGUCUUAAAAAACUAAUAAAUUGGAAACUAGUCUUAAAAAGCUAUUAUGAUAUGGGACUAUGCUGUAAAUAAAUUUUGUAGUUAUUUUCCUAUUAAUUAGGAUUUAGAAGAUUCAUUUUUCAUGUUUUAUAAUGCAAUUAAACUAUUUGACAGGUGUUUUGUAACACUAGAUGUUUUUCCAUAGUAAUAUCGUUUUUUUUUUUUUAGUUUCAAAUAUUUAGUAGUUGUAGGGUCGUUAAAUAAGACAAUGAUAUCCAUUAGCAUAAAUAUUUUAAUGUCAUAGACAAGCACAUGUCAUAGAUUAUCUGUUGUCCUCGUUUUGUACUCUGUUACUGUUUCGGCCAAACUGCACUAUGAUUGGUCGGCCCGAAAGUAUUGUGCCGUUUACUUCAUCAAGUGCUUGUAUCGCUAGGUCUUCGCCUGUAGAAAUAAAUAUGUUUACUACAUAUAAA